AUGGGUGCGGGACAGUCCACCGACGCGUCGUCACAAACACCCUCGCGCGCACUGCAUGUGCUGCGCGUCACUCCGUCCUCGCCCGCUUCUCAGACGUCCAUCGAGCCCUUCUUUGACUUUGUAGUCGGUCAUCAGGGCGACAACUUUUCCGCGAACAAGACCGUUGAUGCAGGGCAGCUUGAGAAGAUAGUGGAAGGCCAUGAGGGGCGGACGCUGAAUCUACUCGUAUGGAACAGCAAGAGCCAACAAACAAGGGUCGUACCGAUUACGCCGUCAAGGGACUGGUCUCUGCCGCAGUCCAACAUCCCUGACCCUCAGGAGCCUGAGGCGGAGCGUAAGCCAUCGCUGCUUGGCCUAAGUAUGCGCAUGUGCGAGCCCGAAUUUGCACUCGACAACGUAUGGCAUGUCCUAGAUGUUCUGGAAGGCAGUCCAGCGGAAAGUGCCGGUCUAGUUCCCUUCGGCGACUGGAUCAUCGGUUGGUCUGGCGGAGUCCUCAGUGCAGAAGGUGACUUCUACGACGUUGUGGAAGCGCAUGUUGAAAAACCGUUACGAGUGUUUGUGUAUUCAUUUGACUUCGAUACGAUCAGAGAGGUGGUACUUGUUCCAAAUCGACAUUGGGGCGGUGAAGGGCUACUAGGUUGUGUUUUCGGCUUUGGCCUCCUACAUCGAAUACCUCCACUCCCUGUAGACAGGGAACCUGGUUCAAUGCCGCCUGAGCUCGCAGAAUACCCCGACGAGUACGAGGAGCAAGAGCUCUUUGUGCCCGCGGACUUACAUAGCGAGCCCGAGGGCCCGGAGCUUAGCGAGGACGAGAUGCGGUGGCAACACGAAGAGUGGCUCCGGCAAUCCAGCGCGAGCGAUUACGAGUAUGAGCACGAACCCGCUAAUGAGACGUCUUCUGCGUAUGCGUCGGGGUCCGAGUUUGAGCACGUCCGCGCCUCGUCGGGCAGCGAACACUCACCCAUUAUGUAUACCGACGAGGAGGAACAUACGCCUGUCGAACACGAUGCGCCAGAACAACAGAAACACACGCCUGACCCACCGGCAAACCCUACCUCUGAAGCUGAAGCUGAAUCAGAGUUAGAACCUGAGGACGAACCCGAGCCGCAGCCUACCCCCGUCGUGCAUGUCACGCCUGUGCGAGCUGCCUCGUUCGGCACUCCACGCGCGUCCACGCCGACGCCACGCGCUCUGGGUUCAUUUAUGAACGGUAUUGGCAUCAGCCCGCGCACACACUCGUGGUCUGAAGGUAGGGCACAGGGCCGCAUGUUCGACCGCAGCGACUGGGAUGCGUCGGCGCGGGCCGGGCUGAAUGAGGGGGGCCGCGGCGACGAUCGAGAUGAGACCGUGAGCGUCGCGGAUACGGAUGCGACUGAGACUACGGAGGUGGACAGUGAAGUUACCUCCCAGGCGGGGAGUCUCACGAGCAUUGACUAGCAUUUGGGGUUGAGUGUGGCCAUGAUUGAGCGAUUUUGUUCGGCAUCGUGAUCCGAAAUGGUUACUUUUGGGGGCUGAGGACGUUCUUACAGUACGCGCGGCACCCAAUCGGGAGCGGUGUGCACAUCGCUGUGUGCUUACAUGGAGGCAUUUCUUUCUGCAUGUUUAGAUGAUGAGCAUUCUUGCACUGUUUUCGGAUGAAUGUCGGGGGAAUACAUAAGCAAUGACUUAAGGG